AUGGAGUAUAGAGGACGAAACGGAGGGUGUCCGUACCCAAAGUCAACACCAGCAGGAGACGGACCAGAGACGAUUUGGUGGUGCAACGCCGCAGACGUCUGGGGCCUGCCACCGGCUACGGAGGCCGGUCCGUCAGCAGCCCCUACAUCUGCAGCACCUGACUUAGAUGCUCUGAUGAUGAUGCUGCAGAAACAGGCCCGCCGACAGGAGGAACAGGCCCGUCGGUUGGAAGAGCAGCUGCGGGGCGGACAGGAUGAACAGGCCCGUCGGUUGGAAGAGCAGAUGCUCGUCAUAAAGGACCUUCACGCUACCUUCGGGAAAUAG